AACAUUCCCUCUCAUCUCAUCUCCUCCUAACCCGGCCUGAGCAAAACACUCCAAACUAAACUUUACACGCUUUACAGCUUUCAAACGAAGCGAUGUCAGUUUGAACUCACUUGUGUUUGAGCUACUGACGAAAUAAGCGACACAAGUUAACCUUUUUUUUUUAAUAUCUGUUUAACGUCAAGAUACCACACUGGUAGUAGUGGUUGUUGAUGGACGCUUUCCUCCUUGUGUACUUUGUAGCGAGUACUCUAAACAACUUAUUUCCUGCUCCACCAUCGUCCCUGCAUGUCUGGUAGCAGCAGCCGGCUCUAGCCAAACUCCGGUCGGGGCCAAUCACUUCCCAGGAAAAUGUGACUGCGAGGAAUUCCCCACGCGUCAGCCCCCGUCGGAGAAAACUGCGGCUCCGUGUCAGGGAGGGAGCGCCGGGGCAGGGGGAGGCUCUGUGUGUCCGUCCCGCGGUGAUGUAGCUGUGGUGCCGCUUCUUCUCCAGCUGGCACCGGAGAUCAGCAUGUUUUUCUAACACUGAGGACCGACCCCUCGCUGCCUGUGUGCGGAUGACAACUUCCAGCUAACAGGGUGUUGAUGCACCAGGGACCCAGCCUCUGUGUCACAGAGGUAAGAGGCUGCUCCCACCUGGGCCACAGCACUCCUCUGAAACUUGGCUCGUGGUGUCUCUCUCUCUCUCACUCUCUCGGAGCACCCAGGUCGGAGAACAGGAGGAGGACGACGACAGGGUAACCAUUUUGUGAGGCAUCUCACUGUGCUGAGAAGGAGGUGGAGUAGUCAUAGCCAGGAUAUUUAAGGCUGCUCCCUGCCCUCUGAACUCCAUCGCCAUGACGACUGCAGUGCAGCCCACUGAGCUGGUGUUUGAAUUCGCCAGCAAUGGGAUGGAUGAAAUCAAUCAGGUGUGCAGUUAUCUCAUCCCCAUGUCCGUCACUGAAUCCUGUGGAGCAGGAUUGAUUCUGGACGACCCGUCAGUGUUCCCAGCAGUGAUCGUUGAGCAGGUGCCUACGGCCGAUCUGCUGCAGGUCUACUCGGGCCUGGAUUCGGACGAGGUGCCCAAUGGCAUCAUGGUGGACACCACCCUCCAUGUGGUGGAGGCCCCGUCCAUCUUGGUGGGAGGUGUGGACCUCUCAGAAACAACAGUGUCGGGUGGAGAGGACAGCAUGGAGACGAGCGAAGCUGCAGCAGCUCUUCUUAACAUGGAGUCUCCAAACAACAUUUUGGACGAGAAGCGUAUGAUUCACACCUAUGGCGCUCUGCUGGAGUCGGACCUGACGUACACCCCACUGAGGCCUGACCAGAUGGACAGCAGUGCCCUUGACAUGUCCCUCGACGAGGACACUUCAUCCAUGGAUGAGAUUCCUCAGAAGUGUCCCUUGAAACCUCAGAAAAAAAAUAAAGUGAGGAAGCCGAGGGCGGUGCGUCCCUGCUCCCCAAUCACCACCCCUAACCUGCCACUCAGGAAGAAGAGCAAAGAGGGCAAAGGCAACACCAUCUACCUGUGGGAAUUCCUAUUGGCUCUACUGCAGGAUAAGAACACCUGUCCCAAAUACAUCAAGUGGACCCAGCGGGAGAAAGGCAUCUUUAAGCUUGUCGACUCCAAAGCUGUUUCAAAGCUGUGGGGCAAACACAAGAACAAGCCCGACAUGAACUAUGAGACCAUGGGAAGAGCUCUCAGGUAUUAUUACCAAAGAGGCAUCCUGGCUAAAGUGGAGGGGCAGCGGCUGGUGUACCAGUUCAAGGAGAUGCCAACUGAUCUGGUGGUGAUCGAGGACGAAGACAUGGGCCCCGACGGCAACUCUGGCUACGGUAACCAGAGAUCUAGCAACGGGAGGUCUGCGGCCCGCGGCGGGUCCAAAGGUCACGGGAGAGCUCACGGCCAACACCAAGUCUCAGUGAAGCAAAUGAAGAAGGAGCCUAACGAUGAAUAUCUUUACCAGGAAGCUAAUGGUGGACACAAUGGGCAGUUCCUUCAGUCUGUCCACGUGUUUCAAGCAAAUCACGCCUCGCGCGACCAAGAUCUCACACAAGCUAUGAGGACCAUCACUGCUCCUGGAUCAGUUCCUAUGGUCCUGACGUCUUCUGGCUCUCUCCAGUCUGUUCUGUCCAACGGGGACACCAGUCACUCCUCCCCCCCUCGGGUUAUUCUCCACACCAUGCCCUCCACCACAGCAGGUGGUAAAGAUAUGCUCACCAUUCAAACAGCCUCUCUAGCAGGUGGAGCCAACUGCCUGGAGGACGGCCUCCCACAGCAGCUCCUGGUCUCCAAUCUGUGCUCCUCCGCCGUUUCCAACUCCUCCUCCUGCACUUCCCCUCCAGGAGUCAUUAGUUCCACCGCUUCCAACCUCAACGGCCUCCCGCGCCUGGUCGCCAUCAACACCACCUGCGGGCAGACCAUGGUGGCACAGCAGCCUGGCACAGUAAUUGCCACGGUGCUCAAAUCCAGUGAUCUCUCUGGGCUGCAGGUCAAAGAGGAGAUGCUGGACCCCAGCUACUUUCAGUCGAUGGUGAACGGCGAUCCAUCACUGGCGGCACAUACGUUUGACAAAGAAGAGAUGGAGGUAGGGGAGGCAGAGCUGCAGUACAGGACUGUGAUCAUCGAUACCAGUGGAAACCAGUGCCAGGAAUAUGCAAGUGAAACUAUAAUUAAUGGACAUUACUCCCAGAGCAGCAGCCCUAGUGAAGGCCUGACCCCUGUGGAGGAGCUGGAGGUGCGUGGGGAGAUGUCCCUGCAGCCUGAGCAGGGAAACAAAGGCCUGCAGGAGCUGCCAAUGUCUCUUCAACUGCCUGUAAACUUUAUCCAGAUAAAGGCAGAACCUGCAGAGGUCUAGAGCUGAAGGACUCGAGCACACAAGCUGAACCAAAAACAACAAUUCAAUCCAUUUUGACCACGGACUUUGUUUUAUUUUCCCGACACAAUGAUCAGAGAUCAGAAGUGAGGGAUCUUGCAGCGCUUUGCUCUUCAGCCUCAGGAUUUAUUGUUUACUCACAUAUUUUGUGACCAUGUGCCUAAUUUUAAAAAAAUCUAAUUUUAGUGUUUCGUUUUUUCUAAGAAGUCAGUUGCGAGAUUUGGUAUUAUUAUCUGUAGACAUGAACCCCAGCACACACAGAUAUAGACACAUGCACACCAAACACCUCAACAUCUAGGAGAACAGCCAUUGGAUUAACCAGGGAUUCUGUCUACCAAAUGUGCCAGAUAGUGAUUGUCUUCAUUUCCAUCUCACUGGAUUUGUAUUUUCAAAGAGGAGAACGCAGCAAACCAAAUCCGGGGACUGAAUGCCAAAUGGUGCAAUGAAAUCACAAUUCUAAAAUCACACAGAGUGAAUAUGUGUGUUUUUAAACCCACACUCAACUUUCUUUUCCCACGGCUAAGGGGGUGGAUGAUGUGUCCAGUACGGUGAAAUAAACACACAACUCAGAGUUAUAGCAAAGAGUACCCUACAGGAAGUUAAAAAAAGAAAGAAAGAAAAACAGAUGAAAAAUGGACUAAAUGGCUUUUAAGAGCUUAUAACUCAUUUAUUUUCAUAUAGACAAAAAGUUAUGCAUAUGCUCUCUAUUAAUCCUGGCCUUAAAUCACUGUGUUACUAUGGAAAUGGGCAUUUUUCUUGAGCAACACGGACAGCUCCACAUCAAACCGUUUGCAUCGAGCUGCAGUAUGGAGGCACAGCGAGCAUUGAGAGGCACAAAAAGAGAGGAGGAAAACACCGAUUUUUAUCAGCCGAGGCUCAGAGGUUUAACCCCUGUUUAUAUGAAAUUGAAUAUAUAUGAUAUAUAUAUAUAUAUAUACACACAAUUCAGAUUCAGUUUAUGGCUACAGCAAAUUUAUUUAUUUUCUGAAUGUCUAAAUUCUGUAUAAAAAGAUACAUUUGUCUUCUAUUUACAUGCGUAAACAUGAGGGAAAAUUCAAAGAAUAUGAACAUUAAUGCUAGGAAGCGUACUUGGUUGUUUCUUUUGUAAGACCGAUGUUUUUCAUUUGUACAGCCUCCCAUAUUAUCGGCUUAGCUAUUUUUCAGUGCAGCAUCAUUAUUGCACUGUUAUCUUCUGUUAUUGUAGAUAGCCGCUGUUGUGUGUCUGAUUGAAACAUGUACUGAAUGUGCUUUGGGUUUCCUCUCUUCAGCGGACAUACCUCUCUUCCCUUUUUCAACAGUCAAUCAAUCGAGGCUUCGCAAAUUGUAAGUUCUGUGUGAUUCAUUGUGUCAGAUGUAUCAGUCAAUAUCUCUUUGAAAUCAUAUCAGAAGUUUCUUCAGUUGCUUUGUGCAAAGACAAACCAGUGCUCUUAGUUUCCCUCCUUUCCUAUCAUGUCCUCUUCUCCUUCCCUUCAUCUCCUCUCUCGUCUCCUUCUCUACCUUUGUCUCCUCUCUGGGUCGGUCGAGUCUGUGCCUACUUUAUUGUUUGUCCCACUUUGUUAAGGACCUCCUGUCCGAUUGGCCCUUCAGCUCGGCCCGGGGAUGAAGCCAUAUUGAUCCUGAGUGGUAUCACGGCUAAAUUGGUUGUAUUUUCCACCUGGACCGACGCUGCAGAGUGAGGACAUUCAGACACACUGACCUCCAUCUGCACUGGCACCUGAGGACAGGAGUUAAAGUGCUGCUUCACGGCCCCACAUCAGCCAAAGUGCUCUGCAAAGACACUCUGAAUGUAUAAUUCUUUUUGGACAAUCAAUAAUUACACUGGGUUUCUUUUGCAUUGAAAUCUGUCAGUCUUCAAAUGGGAACUUGCUGCUUUUUUAUUUGCAUUGUAUAUAUACUCUUGUAUCUCCCGGCCUUUUUCCGUAAAGCACUGUUGUCUGUGAGAGGUUGAGGUAUGUCCACUGCUUAUGUUUUGUUGCUUCUUUUGUCUUGGGUUGUCUAUGGCCUCCCUUAUGCUGAAUAUAGAAUAGAUUUUUAAGAAAAAAGUCAAUGUAUUAAUUAAAAACAAAUCCCUGUCACUGAA